GUUGAAACUUGAAGCUGUAUUCCACUCUACUCUACUCUGCUAGUACCUAUUCAAGGCAGAGCUCCCAUCAACAUUGGAAGCUCCGAAGCGGCACAUCAUACAUCCUAGCCUCGAGCAGCCAUGCCUCCCUCCACUAUUUACCGUGCCCCGUCUCGCUGCUUCCCUGUGAUUCGUCUAAGGGUCGGCCCCGUCCCUCCGCCGAGUACCGACAAGAUCAACGGUAUAAGUAUUAUCAGGGCCUUGUCCACUCCACUCCACUCCACUCCACUCCACUCCAUGCUGCAGUCCGAGUAGUUUCAACCGGCAUCCAAACAAACCGCACGAGCGGAUUGCCGUCUCAACUACACAUCUAAUACAUAGUACGAUGUAUUUCCGACCUCUCCGAAGUUCUGAACCGUAUCCACCGCCAGAAGGCAGCACGGUACGGAGCGUAUUCACCCCUCCUGGUAGUGCUGAGGAUGCACCCGCUCUCGCUCUCACUGCUUUACACCCCGCGGCCACCCACGCUCCUGGGUAUAAUCCGCGGCCACCAGUUCCCAGUUCCCAGUUCCCACAAUCCCAGCCGGAGACAACCCAACCCAACCCAACCCGUUUCGAUUACAGCCCUGAGCCCGCUGAGCACCCCGCACCCCACUCCCUUUUCCACCACCACAACUCUACCUAUGUAACUACCACAAAGGGAAAACCCUCAAUUUCUUCCUCUUCUCUCGCUUCCGCUCCCGCACUCUUCCAACCAUCCGGAGUUCGGAAAAAACAACCGGCCAAGCGGUUUUCCUCUUUGGAUAAACAAAACGAACGCGCGCACCGGCAGCAGCAGCGGACACCAGCACCAGCACCAGCGGACACCCUCUCUCGCGCUCUCGCUCUCGCUUUUCCAACCUUUCUAAGCUCCGAAAACACUGUCUUCCAAGCGGUCCUCCUCUUCGCACAUCGGUCCCUGAUCUCCUUCCUUUUUCUCCUGACCUCAUCAAGGAAUUGCUUCCGCUGCGCCUUCCUUGCGCGCUUCUGAGCUCCCUAG